CAAACAAAGGCACCAAAAGCUGAACAGAGCGUCUCAGCUGCUUCUUUUUAAGGACUCGACAAGAGAAUGUGAUCAACACUUCAACCAUGCUUCUCGUGGCCGCGCUGAAUCCUGAUCUGAGCCCUCACUCACAGACGCCGCGAUAGGGCUACGCGACAACGCGACGCGUGAUCGCCGACCGUCCAAACAUGUGCAUGUGGCCAUGAGUCCAAUCGAGCCCGUCGUCUCCGCGCAGGAGCCGUUGCCGUCCGGCUAUGGCUUUCUCAAAAAAGGCAACCCAUUCAUGACGGGCCUAUGCCGCCGCAAGACGCAUGCCGCACACAAGACUCUCUACGUUGUGCGGAACAAGCGAAAGGUUCUCGGUCUGCGCGCGCCGAAAUGGAUUCUGCGCGAGGUUCACCAGGAGGAGCGUGAAAGUAGAGUCCGGCGGCAAGCGAACGUCGAGAGGCGCGACACUUGUAUGGAGAGCGAGUUCAGAGACGCCAUUGAACAGAUGUUUCCCGACGUACCAUCAGGAGAAGUGAGCAAGAUCAUCAAACGGGCCAUGAAGAAGAAAAGUGGAAGGGUAGGACGAACGGGGAAACUGACACUGGGCGAAAAGGCACGCCUUGCGGUGGCCGCCCACAUUCGACAUUGCCAUACCCCGUACGACAGGAUCUUGAACAAGAGCAAGGACAGGGCCGGGGCAAGGAAAGCAGUGUAUCCGCAGGUCACCGAACUGAUGAAAGAAUGGGGUUGGCGGGAUGUGACCGGUGGGAGCAGGAGGAGGGGACAUGGUGCAGCUCAGGCGGCACGGGCUAAACAGGCACAUCGACUCCCGAUACGCUCUGCUCCUCGGCGAAAGUCGACUCCAGAAACCGUCGCAGCGAGAAACACUGCUGCAGAUAAGACAGGUGCGUCACUGGAGGACGCAAUCGAAAUAUCAGACUCCAGCGAGGAGGCAGACUCGGCCUCAGACCAACAAUCGUGGAGCGGCGAUUCAGAGGCAGACGAUGAGGAUUGGGAAUGUAUACUGGUCGAAGAUAGUGACGACUGAAGCAGGCUCAUUGUUUGCAAGCGUUGUUGACGUUGGUCAGGGUACGGAGUAAUGCAUCUUAAAGCGAAUAUC